AUGGACGUGGUCAACGCCACCAUCCACGCUGCCAACCAGACGCAGGACUACUUCACGGUCCUGCAGGAGGUCACCAAACACAGCAUCCAUCUCAACUACUUUGAGCGUCUCUGGGCCGCCUGGUACCUAUGGAUGCAAAACGAUACCCUCGCGACCGGAAUCUUGAGCUUCGUUAUGCACGAACUCGUAUACUUCGGCCGCUGCAUUCCCUACAUGCUGCUCGACAAGAUCUCAUACUUCCACAAGUACAAGCUCCAGGCCCAGAAGAUCCCGACUCUCAAGGAGCAAUGGGACUGCGCUGCCAUCGUCCUCAUCAGCCACUUCACCGCCGAACUCCCUCAGAUCUGGUUCUUCCACCCCAUUGCCACCUACUUUGGUAUUGACUACGGCACGCCUUUCCCUGCCCUCACCACCAUGGCCUGGCAGAUUGCCAUUCUCUUCGUCAUGGAGGAUACCUGGCACUACUGGUUCCAUCGUGCCCUGCACUACGGCCCCCUCUACAAGGCCAUCCACAAGAUGCACCACACCUACUCUGCUCCUUUCGGUCUCGCCGCCGAGUAUGCUUCUCCUAUUGAGACUAUGCUCCUCGGUCUCGGCACCGUCGGAUCUCCGAUUCUCCUGCUUGGCAUCACGGGCCACUUGCAUCUGGUCACCAUGUACACCUGGAUCGUCUUGCGUCUGUUCCAGGCCAUUGAUGCCCACAGCGGCUACGACUUCCCUUGGAGCUUGCGCCACUUCCUCCCUGUUUGGGCCGGCGCCGACCACCACGAUGUCCAUCACGAAAAGUUCAUUGGCAACUACGCCUCCUCUUUCCGCUGGUGGGACUACUUCCUGGACACCGAGGCUGGUGCCGAGGCUCACAAGAAGCGCCGCGAGAGAAAGCUCGCCAAGAUUCGGGCCAAGAAGCAAAACUAA